AGGGAGAGCCGCCCGUCAGAGGAAGCGCCUCCCGGCCCGGCGCGGCGCCACAGAGCCGACCCCAGUCCUUGGAAGAGAAGGGUCGACUCCCGCUCCAGCUCCCGUAGAGCAUUGGCUGGCGGGGGCCACCGGGAAUGGGCGAGCUCGGGACCUAGCGUCCCGGGGCAGGAAGGGCCUUGCUGGCCUCUCUCGCGCAGAGGCAGAGCCCUGCGGCGGGCACACCGGAAACCGGUCGGCGGCCCGAGUGCCCGCGCCGCCCGCGACGAUGAACGCGGAGGCCAUCUGCAGCGCCCUGCCCACCAUUGCCUACCACAAGCUCGCCGACCUGCGCUAUCUGAGCCGCGGCGCCUCGGGCACCGUGUCGUCGGCCCGCCACGCGGACUGGCGCGUUCAGGUGGCGGUGAAGCACCUGCACAUCCACACCCCUCUGCUCGACAGUGAAAGAAAUGAUGUCCUAAGAGAAGCUGAAAUUUUACACAAAGCUAGAUUUAGUUACAUUCUUCCAAUUCUGGGAAUUUGCAAUGAGCCUGAAUUUCUGGGAAUAGUUACUGAAUAUAUGCCAAAUGGAUCAUUAAAUGAACUUCUACAUAGGAAAACUGAGUAUCCUGACGUUCCUUGGCCAUUGAGAUUCCGCAUCUUACAUGAAAUUGCACUUGGUGUAAAUUACCUGCACAAUAUGAAUCCUCCUCUACUUCAUCAUGAUUUGAAGACUCAGAAUAUCUUAUUGGAUAAUGAAUUUCAUGUUAAGAUUGCAGAUUUUGGUUUAUCAAAAUGGCGCAUGAUGUCCCUCUCCCAAUCACGGAAUAGCAAAUCUGCACCAGAAGGAGGAACAAUUAUCUACAUGCCACCUGAAAACUAUGAACCUGGACAAAAAUCAAGGGCCAGUGUCAAGCACGAUAUAUAUAGCUAUGCAGUUAUCAUGUGGGAAGUGUUAUCCAGAAAACAGCCUUUUGAAGAAGUCACCAAUCCUUUGCAGAUUAUGUAUAGUGUAUCACAAGGACAUCGACCUGACACUAGUGAAGAAAGUCUGCCAUUUGAUAUACCUCAUCGAGCACUUAUGAUCUCUCUAAUAGAAAGUGGAUGGGCGCAAAAUCCCGAUGAAAGACCAUCUUUCUUAAAAUGCUUAAUAGAACUCGAACCAGUUUUGAGAACAUUUGAAGAGAUAACUUUUCUUGAAGCUGUUAUUCAGCUAAAGAAAACAAAGUUGCAGAGUUUUUCAAGUACUAUUCUCUUAUGUGACCAAAAGAAACUGGCAUUAUCUCUGAAUGUAGCUGCAAAUCAUGGUCCACAGGAGGAAUCAUGUGGAUCCUCUCAGCUCCAUAAAAGCAGUGGCUCUGCUGGAACCUCAAGGUCCCUGUCAGCUCCUCAAGAUGACUUUUUAUCUAAAAAAACUCAAGACCAUUCUGAGAAGCUGCAGCACUGCCCAGUAAAUCACACUUGGGAUAGUAACAUUUCCACGUCUCAGAGGGCAACGUUCUGUGAUCAUGGAAACGUCCCAUGCUCUUUGGCAAUCAUAAACCCACUCUCUGCUGAGGGAAAUUCAGAGCGUCUGCAGCCAGGUAUAGCUCAACAGUGGAUCCAGAGCAAAAGAGAAGACAUUGUGAAUCAAAUGACUGAAGCGUGCCUUAACCAAUCACUAGAUGCCCUUCUGUCCAGAGACUUGAUCAUGAAGGAGGACUAUGAACUUAUUAGUACCAAACCUACAAGGACCUCAAAAGUCAGACAAUUGUUGGACACUACUGACAUCCAAGGAGAAGACUUUGCCAAAGUUAUAGUACAAAAGCUGAAAGAUAACAAACAAAUGGGUCUUCAGCCUUACCCAGAAAUACUUGUGGCUUCUAUAAUGCCAUCUUUAAAUUUACAUCACAAUAAAAGUUUCUAAGGGGGUCUUUUUUAAGAAGAAAAGUUAGUAUAAAAGGAUAUUUAUAUCAUGUCUGGUUGCCUUAAUACUGUUUGUAUAAAACACAUGAGUAUUAGAAGCUUUACUCAAGAUGCUUCUUUAGGUAAAUAUUAGUCUCUUUCCUUGAUGUUGCAGUAUUUUUUUAAGUGAAUAUAAAAAGUUUGCAUUUUGCUACAUAGUUUAA